AUGUCGUUCCUCAAAUGGACGAUAACCCACAUCGCGCCUUUAUUCAUCGUCAGCUCGCCAAUCACAUCGUACGCAGAUCAAAUCUGGUCGAUGAGCAAGAAGCGGUCGUCGGCGGGGUUCUCGCUCGACAUACCGCUCAUCAUGCUCGUUGCGUCCAUUUUGAAGCUUUUCUACUGGUUCGGCGCGCGCUACGACUUCCCACUGCUCAUCCAGGCAGUGGUCAUGGUGUUUGUGCAGAUUCUGCUGCUCCACGUCGCCCUGACUUACCGACCUCCGUUCGGCGCGCAGCAUAGCCUGAACAAACCUUUUGCAGGAGCAGGUGAAGGCGACUCGUAUGUCACGAGACCCUACGGCUUCUGGCAAUGGCGAAGUCGCAAGCCCUAUUGGCAAUUUCUGGCAUACUUCAGCAUCACUCUAGCAGCGCUGCAAUACUUCAUCGGCACGCAGCCCGUCUACGUCGAGCUGCAAGGCUAUGUUGCGCUCGGCAUAGAAGCCAUCCUGCCUAUCCCACAAGUCAUCGAAAACCAGCGCAAUCAGGCAUGCCGGGGAUUCAGACUCAGCGUGCUGGUGAACUGGCUCAUCGGCGACGUGUUCAAGAUGACUUAUUUUUUCCUCUCCGAAGGCGGCGUGCCAUGGGCCUUCAAGCUUUGCGGGCUUUUUCAGGCGGUGUGCGAUGCGUUUCUUGGCGUGCAAUAUUGCAUGUUCGGUGAAGGUUCUGGUGCUGCAGGAGAAGGGUCUGAGAUGAUCUCCAAGGAGUCGAGAUUGGCUUGA